CCGCUGCGGGGCGCCCGAGGCGGCGGCACGCGAGGCGGCAGUCCGCGGAGGCUCCUCCCCGGACGGUCAGGCCGCAGCCCCGCUGGGAGGAGGAGCACUGGCUGGGGCGAGCUGGUCGGUUGACAGCUGCUGACAGCUGGCAGGCGCGGGGGCCGAGAGGUGGCCGCGUCCUCAGUUCGUGGGUCCGCGAUCCGGGCCGCCUGCCGGGUGAGAAUCGCAGCUGCUUCCCUUCCCCGCAGCGGCUUCUCAUCCCCCAGUGCCUGCGUGCCGUCUCUUUAAGAGGGCUGGCUGCUGGGGGAAUGGACACCCUGGAGGAGGUGAUUUGGGCCAAUGGGAGCACAGCACUGCCCCCGCCCCUGGCACCCAACAUCACCGUGCCACAUCGCUGUCUGCUGCUGCUCUAUGAGGACAUCGGCACCUCUCGGGUCCGGUACUGGGACCUCUUGCUGCUCAUCCCCAAUGUGCUCUUCUUCAUCUUCCUGCUCUGGAAACUUCCAUUUGCUCGGGCCAGGAUCUGUGUCACCUCCAGCCCCAUUUUUAUCACCUUCUAUAUUCUGGUGUUCGUGGUGGCGCUGGUGGGCAUCGCCCGGGCCGUGGUGUCCAUGACGGUCAGCACCUCGGAUGCUGCGACUGUUGCUGAUAAGAUCCUGUGGGAGAUUACCCGCUUCUUCCUGUUGGCCAUCGAGCUGAGCGUGGUCAUCCUGGGCCUUGCCUUUGGUCACCUGGAGAGCAAGUCAAGCAUCAAGCGGGUGCUGGCCAUCACCACAGUGCUGUCCUUGGCUUACUCUGUCACCCAGGGGACGCUGGAGAUCCUGUACCCUGACGCCCACCUCUCAGCAGAGGACUUCAACAUCUACGGGCACGGGGGCCGCCAGUUCUGGCUGGUCAGCUCCUGCUUCUUCUUCCUGGUCUACUCUCUGGUGGUCAUCCUCCCCAAGACCCCGCUGAAGGAGCGCAUCUCCCUGCCUUCGCGGAGGAGCUUCUACGUGUAUGCGGGCAUCCUGGCGCUGCUCAACCUGCUGCAGGGGCUGGGGAGCGCGCUGCUCUGCGCCAACAUCAUCGAGGGGCUCUGCUGUGUCGAUGCCACCACGUUCCUCUACUUCAGCUUCUUCGCACCCCUCAUCUACGUGGCCUUCCUCCGGGGCUUCUUCGGCUCGGAGCCCAAGAUCCUCUUCUCCUACAAAUGCCAAGUGGACGAGACAGAGGAGCCGGACAUGCACCUGCCCCAGCCCUAUGCUGUGGCCCGGCGGGAGGGCCUGGAGGCAGCAGGGGCUGCCAGCACACAGUUCGAUUCGGCCAGUGGGGUGGCCUACCUGGACGACAUUGCCUCCAUGCCCUGCCACACCGGCAGCAUCAACAGUACGGACAGCGAGCGUUGGAAGGCCAUCAGUGCCUGAGUGCGGCCACCCUGGCUGGAAGGCCUGCCGGCCCUGUGGAGGGCAGACAGAGAGAAGGCCAGGGAACACAGAGUGCCCAGGGGAGGAGAAUGAGUGACAGGACUUGUGUGGGCAGCAGGCCUGUCCUGCUCUCCAGGCCCCCAGCUGCCCUCUGCCACCUCUGCCCCGGCUGGGGGCAGCCUACCCCUUCUGCCCUGCUCAGCGGCAUGGCCCAGGCUCGAUUGCUCAGGGCCAUGCCUGGCUGGCCGAGGCCACUUCCUUUCUUGAAAACCUGGCCACCCAGGACAGGUCUGGCCCUCCUCAGCCUUCUGCCCCCUCCCCUUGGUGCAAUGGCCUCUGCAAAGCCCUCUCUGGCGGGUGGGCUGAAGUGUGUAUAUUUUCGUGAUCUAUUUUUUAAUAAAAAGGAAAAGAAGCAGAA